CGCUGCGGUGACAGCCCCGCGGGAUCCCCAAACGCCCCCAAACCCCCCCGGGGACCCCCCCAAAUCCUCUCGCUGUCCCCCCCCGCCCUCCCCCAGGGCCCGCAGGGAGGGAGCGGCGCAGGGAGGAGUCUGGGGGGGGCGGGGGCGGCCUCGCCUUCCUGCUCGAGGAAGUUUGGGGUGAGAAAUUCGCUUUUGCCGCUGCUUUUCCCCCCAAAAUAAAAACCAACCCCGGCGAUCCCGGGAGCGCCGCCCCCGCAGGGAGAGAGCGGCGGGGCAGCGGGGGCAGCUGAGCUGCAGCCGGGCCCAGCCCUCGCCCCACGGCUCCUGCCGGGGUCCAGGCCCCCAAAACGGGCUGAGAAGAGGCCCUUGCUGCCAACUGCACCCCAAAAACGGGCUGAGAAGAGGCCCUUGCUGCCAACUGCACCCCAAAAACGAUGGCGGAGCCGCCGGUGGUGCCGGUGUUCUGCACCGGCGUCUCGGCGCAGGUGCGGCGGCAGCGGGCCAAGGAGCUGGGGCUGGGCCGGCACGACAACGCCGUGCGCUACCUGGGCCAGGAUUUCGGGCAGCUGGCCGAGGAGUGCCGCCGCUCGGGGACCCUGUUCCGGGACCCCGCUUUCCCCCCGGCCGCCGCCUCCCUCGGCUUCCGCGAGCUGGGCCCCGGCUCCUCCAAAACCCGCGGCGUGCAGUGGAAGAGACCCACGGAGCUGUGCCCGCGCCCGCAGUUCAUCGUGGACGGCGCCACGCGCACCGACAUCUGCCAGGGAGCGCUGGGUGACUGCUGGCUGCUGGCGGCCAUCGCCUCGCUGACGCUCAACGAGACCCUCCUGCACCGCGUGGUGCCGCACGGGCAGAGCUUCCAGCAGGGCUACGCCGGCAUCUUCCACUUCCAGAUCUGGCAGUUUGGCGAGUGGCUGGACGUGGUGGUGGACGAUUUCCUGCCCACCAAGGACGGGAAGCUGCUCUUCGUGCACUCGGCCGAGGGCUCCGAGUUCUGGAGCGCGCUGCUGGAGAAGGCCUACGCCAAGGUGAACGGCUGCUACGAGGCUCUGUCGGGCGGCAGCACCUCCGAGGGCUUCGAGGACUUCACGGGCGGCGUCACCGAGUGGUUCGACCUGCGCCGGCCCCCGGCCGACCUCUACCAGAUCAUCCUCAAGGCGCUGGAGCGCGGCUCCCUGCUCGGCUGCUCCAUCGACAUAACGAGCGCCUUCGACAUGGAGGCGGUGACCUUCAAGAAGCUGGUGAAGGGCCACGCCUACUCGGUGACCGGCGCCAAGCAGAUCCCGUACCGCGGGCAGGCCCUGGAGCUCAUCCGGAUGCGCAAUCCCUGGGGAGAGGUGGAGUGGACGGGCGCCUGGAGCGACGGCUCGGCCGAGUGGCACGCGGUGGAGCCGGCGCUGCGCCAGCAGCUCAUGGUCAAGAUGGAGGACGGGGAAUUCUGGAUGUCCUUCCGGGAUUUCCUGCGGGAAUUCACCCGCCUGGAGAUCUGCAACCUCACCCCGGACGCGCUGCAGUCCCGCAAGUUCCGCAAGUGGAACACACAGCUCUACGACGGCACGUGGCGGCGCGGCAGCACCGCCGGCGGCUGCCGCAACUACCCCGCCACGUUCUGGAUCAACCCCCAGUUCAAGAUCCAGCUGGAGGAGGUGGACGACGAGAGGGACGAGGAUGGUGGGCGCGAGCCGGGCUGCAGCUUUCUGCUGGCGCUGAUGCAGAAGCACCGGCGCCGCGAGCGCCGCUACGGCAAGGACAUGGAGACCAUCGGCUUCGCCGUCUACGAGGUCCCUCCCGAGUACGUGGGGAGGUCGGGCGUGCACCUGAAGCGGGAGUUCUUCCUGGCCAACGCGUCGCGCGCGCGCUCCGAGCAGUUCAUCAACCUGCGCGAGGUGAGCACGCGCUUCCGGCUGCCGCCCGGCGAGUACAUCGUGGUGCCCUCCACCUUCGAGCCCAACAAGGAGGGCGACUUCGUGCUCCGCGUCUUCUCCGAGAAGAGAGCCGGCACUGAGGAGAUGGACGACAAGAUCCAGGCCACGCUGCCGGACGAGAAAGUGCUGAGGGAGAGCGAAAUCGAUGAGAACUUCAAGCAGCUCUUCAAGCAGCUGGCGGGGCCGGACCUGGAGAUCAGCGUCACCGAGCUCCAGACCAUCCUCAACCGCAUCAUCGCCAAACACAAAGACCUGCGGACCAAGGGCUUCAGCACCGAGUCCUGCCGCAGCAUGGUCAACCUGAUGGACAAAGACGGCAACGGGAAACUGGGACUGGUGGAGUUCAACGUCCUCUGGAACCGCAUCCGCAACUACCUGAGCAUCUUCCGCAAGUUCGACCUGGACAAGUCGGGCUCCAUCAGCGCCUACGAGCUGCGCCUGGCGCUGGAGGCUGCAGGGUACCGGCUGAACAAGAGGCUGCACGAGCUGCUCAUUACCCGCUACGCCGAGCCCGACCUGGCCCUGGACUUCGACAGCUUCGUCUGCUGCCUCGUGCGCCUGGAGACCAUGUUCCGGUUUUUCCAAGCCAUGGACAUGGACCAGGACGGCGUCGUCACCUUCGACCUGCUGCAGUGGCUCCAGCUCACCAUGUUCGCCUGACCGGACCCUCCGAGUGCCUUCCGCGACCCCGCGCCGGUUUUUCCCUUUUUUUGGCUUUUUUCGGCAGAAAAGGCUGGAUGGGGGGGGUGGGGUGGGGGUCACACGGGACCCCCCCGAGCUUUGCCAAAGCCCCCCCGUCCCUCCCUCGCCUCACGCUCGGCCCUUUUGGGGCAAAUCCUCUGGAUUUUGGUGCCUCUUGUGCUGACGGAGCCCCGGCCGUCGUCCUUCGCUUCAGGGAUCUGCUGCUCCUGGGUGCCAUAAAGUGGUUUUUUUAUUGUAUAAAUUAAAAGUGAGAUAAAAACCAAAGGAAAAAAAAAAGUUAUUUAAAUUGAAA